AUUCACGGAUUAUUUUUCUAUUUAAAAAGUGACAAACGCAAACAGUAAUGCAAGAUUUGCAAUUGCGUUUGCAUUAUGUCACAUGCGUCCACAUAUGGAAAAACGCAGCCACUGGCUAGCAACAACGCCUCUGAUUGGCUUGUUUAGAUUUUGAUAGCCAAUAGUAAUCCAGAGUACUGCUAUGUUCCUGACAGCUAAAGUAAACAGCCGCAUGGGGAAGGCAGCUGUAAAGUUUCUAAGGAAGUGAAGGAUUCAUCAGAUUUUGCGAGUUAUUUUAAAUGCAAAAUUUUACUCAGUUAACUGAAAUGAGUGGAGAAGAGGAUUCAUGUGCAUUUCCUUUGAGGACAACUGGAAUGGACUUCGUGGCCUCGUCCAGCAGUUCAUGCAGGAGAGGAUGCAGACCACAAUGCUGACAGGAAUGUUGAUAGGUGCCGUGGUGGCUGUGUGCCUUAUAGGCAUCUCCGUGCUCUUCCUCUACCGCAGAUACAAGCUGGCGAGUCAGCAGACGGGCACACCUCGGUACCGUUUCAGGAAAAGAGACAAGGUCCUUUUCUACGGGAGAAAGAUCAUGAGAAAGGUCCAAACUCUGUCUUCCACUCCCUCGUCUACAUCCAUAUCGAAACAUCGCCCUCGGAAAAGAACUAAAGUCUUGAGUAUUGCCCGAAGGAUAUUGCGGAUAAAAAAGGAACCACCAACUCUGCAGCCCAAAGAGCCUCCUCCCGCUCUGCUGGAGGCAGAUCUUACAGAGUUCGAUGUAAAGAACUCCAACUUGCCCUCUGAGGUGCUUUACAUGCUUAAGAAUGUCAGAGUUUUGGGGCACUUCGAAAAACCUUUGUUCCUGGAGCUCUGUCGCCACAUGGUGUUUAUUGAGCUGCAAGAGGGCGAAGGACUGUUCAAGCCCGGCGACGACGAUGACAGCAUUUAUGUGGUUCAGGAUGGAAGACUGGAGCUGUGUAUCCAUGAAAACGAUGGCACAGAUCCAGUGGUGAAGGACAUGCUGCCCGGAGACAGCGUUCACAGCCUGCUAAGCAUUCUAGACUUCAUCACAGGGUAUCCUGCUCAGUAUAAGACGGUGUCCGCUCGAGCAGCAGCACGCUCCACCAUCCUACGCCUGCCUGCCUCCGCCUUCGAGUCUGUGUUUGAGAAAUAUCCUGAAACGCUAGUGAGAGUUAUACAGAUCAUCAUGGUUCGGCUGCAGAGAGUGACCUUUCUUUCGCUGCAUAACUACCUGGGACUAACCACUGAACUCUUUAAUCCGGAGAGGCAGGCUGUGCCUCUGACCACAGUCAACAGUGUGAUUGCCGAGGGGAGCCCCUGCCGUGUCGCUCGCAGACACCAUUUUCACACACCGUUAGAUGAGGAUUACAGCCAAGGAACUACAGACUCUACGGACUCGGAUGGAGGCAAAAUUACUACUUCAGAGAAUUUGUCAACAGUGAUCAGGAAACCUCGCUCUGUUUCAGCACCAGUGGACAGCGCAGGAAUAGCUGGUAACGACCUGAGCAUGGCAUAUGAGCGAGCCAGAGUAACCAUUGAUGAUCUACUGCCCAGCACUGUAAACUACAAGUCUAUUCUAAAGAAGACCGUGACCAUGCAUCAAGUUCCAUCUGCAGUGUAUCACUACACAGAGAGUGGGGGGAGCACUGAUGUCCCCCCCAGUAAAGUGGGUGCCAUCUUCCAGGCAGCCAAAAAAGACUUGUUAGGGAUUAUCCAACUGAAGGACCCCAGUCUAUUGGAAGGCAGAGUGACCCUGCACCAGGUGAAAGCUGGCUCUGUGGUGGCACGUCAAGGAGACCAGGACGUGAGUUUGCAGUUUGUGAUUUCAGGUUUACUACAUGUUUACCAGCGGAUGAUCGACCGUGAGGAGGAAUCGUGUCUGUUUGUUGCUCACCCUGGAGAGCUUGUGGGUCAGCUGGCUGUCCUCACGGGGGAACCGCUCAUCUUCAGUGUCCGAGCUCAACGUGACUGUUCCUUCCUCUCCAUUUCCAAAACCCAUUUUUAUGAAAUCAUGCGGGUUGAGCCUAAAGUUGUGCUAAACGUAGCUCAUACGGUAGUGCGCAGGAUGUCCCCGUUCGUCAGACAGAUCGACUUUUCACUCGACUGGAUGGCUGUGGAAGCUGGCCGAGCUGUCUACAGGCAGGGCGAUAAGUCUGAUAGCACCUUUAUAGUGCUGAGCGGACGCUUUCGAUCAGUCAUUUUGAAGGAGGACGAGAAGGAGCUCACUGGCGAGUAUGGCAGAGGAGAUCUAAUCGGAGUGGUGGAGGCUCUGACCCAUCAGAACAGAGCCACUACAGUGCAUGCUGUACGAGACUCUGAGCUGGCUAAACUGCCUGAGGGUGCACUCAGCUCCAUCAAGAGGAAAUUCCCUCAGGUGGUCACACGACUCAUUCAUCUGCUCGGGCAGAAAAUCCUUCAGCAGGUUAAUGGACCUUUAACAGCUCGUAGUUUGUCCCUGCACACCACAAGCAGUAAGUGGGACGCAGGUAAUCCUGCCUCCAACUUGUCCACCGUGGCUGUGCUGCCUGUGUCCGAGGAAGUUCCUCUGACCGCGUUCACCCUGGAGCUGCAGCACUCUCUCUUGGCCAUCGGUCCCACUCUUCUCCUGACCAGUGACAUCAUCAAACAGCGGUUGGGUUCUGCUGCAUUGGACAGUGUGCACGAGUACAGGUUGUCAAGUUGGCUGGGCCAGCAAGAGGACAUCCAUCGUAUUGUCUUGUACCAAACCGAUAGCUCGCUCACACCCUGGACCCAACGCUGCAUCCGCCAGGCUGACUGCAUCAUCAUCGUUGGACUUGGGGAGCAGGACCCAGCAGUUGGGGAGCUAGAACGGAUGCUGGAAGGAAGUGCAGUGAGGGCUCAGAAACAGCUGGUAUUGCUGCACCGCGAGGACGGGCCUCCACCCACAGGGACUGCUGAGUGGCUUAACAUGCGCAGCUGGGUCUCCAGACACCUGCAUCUCUCCUGCCCUCGUAGGGUCUUCUCUAAGAGGAGCCUGCCCAAACUGACUGAGAUGUACCAGCGUGUGUUCCAAAAGCCUGCAGACCGCCACUCAGAUUUCUCUCGUCUGGCACGAGUUCUGACUGGCAACGCCAUCGCUUUGGUCCUGGGUGGUGGAGGAGCCAGGGGCUGCUCCCAAGUGGGUGUUCUGCGAGCGCUUUUCGAGGCUGGGAUCCCUGUGGACCUGGUGGGAGGCACCUCAAUCGGUUCCAUGAUGGGCGCUCUUUACGCCGAGGAGCACAGCUAUAGCAGGAUGAGGAUCCGCGCCAGGGAGUGGGCUAUGGAGAUGACCUCAGUUUUCAAAAAGAUUUUGGAUCUUACCUACCCCAUCACCUCUAUGUUCUCUGGAGCAGCCUUUAACUCUGGGAUCAGUGCUGUGUUCAAAAAUAAGCAAAUCGAGGAUCUGUGGAUCCCUUAUUUCAACAUCACCACUGACAUCACUGCUUCUACAAUGAGAGUGCACACUGAUGGCUCUCUGUGGAGAUAUGUGCGUGCCAGCAUGUCUUUGUCUGGUUAUCUUCCUCCUCUGUGUGACCCCAAAGAUGGACACCUCUUAAUGGAUGGAGGUUAUAUUAACAACCUGCCAGCGGAUGUGGCGCGGUCCAUGGGAGCUAAAGUCGUGAUAGCCAUUGAUGUGGGCAGCCAAGACGAAACCAAUCUGACCAACUAUGGAGAUUCCCUGUCCGGCUGGUGGCUGCUAUGGAAACGCCUCAACCCUCUGGCAGAGAAAGUCAAAGUGUUGAACAUGGCUGAGAUCCAGACCCGGCUAGCAUACGUGUGCUGUGUGAGGCAGCUGGAAUCCGUCAAGAACAGUGAUUACUGUGAAUACAUCCGACCCCCCAUCAACAGAUAUCGCACACUGGAGUUCAGCAAGUUCGAUGAAAUUGCUGAGGUGGGCUACCAGCACGGGAAGACCGUGUUUGAUGUGUGGUGCAGGAGCGGAGUGGUGGAGAAGAUGCUGAAGGACAGGCGCCAAGAGGAGUUCCACAACACCCACAGUAACGAUAUGGUGACUUGUCCAAACGCCUCCUUCACUGACCUGGCAGAGAUCGUCUCCCGCAUCGAGCCUGUCAAACAAGCACUUAUAAAAGAGGAAUCAGACUAUCAAACUGAUUAUGAGGAGGAGCUGGUGGGAAGUGCGCUGUCUGACAUGGAGCCCACCACCUACGGCAGUGAGUACACAGAGGAAGAGCUGACCGCUGAUACUGAUGAGGAGCCGGAAAGAGAUCGUAGUCAUCUCAAUUCAGAAGAUUUGAGUGGAGUAGGUCCUCAGCCACAGCACAGCAAGCUCUCAUAAGUCUCCAGCCGUGCGAGGAUGAAAGAUGAGAGAAGAGCAUCCGAUCCAGCCAUGACCUUAAAACUCUGUCCUCUUGAAGCUGGGCUCGUAUACAAGCAGCACUCCCUUUUUCAAAAAAGCUCUUUUUAACUGGGGGUGAAAAUGUCCCUAAAGUUUGUUGCUUUUCGUCUAGAUGAGAGUUAUUAUCAGGCAGAUUUUAUAUUUUAUUAGGGUUAUAACCACCUGUACCUCAUGUCUAGCAGAAGACUUGUGUAAUCAACACUCCUACUCAAUCACUGUGAAGCAAUUCAAGCAUGAAGAGGCUGCUCAUUUUGCACUUUAUUUUACAGCUGAACCAUUUAUUUAUGAACAACUUAGCUGCUACAAAUGCUGAUUUACAGCUCAGCCUUGGGGUACCGAGGUAUUAUUUUUCUUUCAACCACUCCAGUAGAAAAAUGCAGCAGUGAAAGCACAGAUUACAUCCAAAGACAAUUAUUAAACAUCUAAGCAUGAACUUUUUGGGAGUUUUAAUACAACUGCUCUCCUGUAGCUUAUAACAAGUCAGACAUAAUCCAUAUAUAAGGUGAACGAUGACUUACAUACAUAAGCAUGUAUAUGCAUUCCAAAAAAAAGGCCUCUCAAAAAAAAGGCCUUUCAAUGCAAUUUUUUCUACUCUUACAGUAUGUUAUUGUUUUGUUAGCGAUACUUUAAAAGCUCCACAGUGCCUUUGCGUGUGUCUUUUUUAAUGUCAGGAACCACAGGAGAGCGUUCCCAUGUGAUACCUGCAGGACUACUGCCUACUAACAUACUAACUAAUUGUACUUGUGUUUUGUGUGUGUUGUUUUUUUUUUUACUUUUAAACACCACUGUGUACAACUGAAUGACCGAAGACACGUUCAUGGUCAAUUUGACAUUUUUCAUGGUGUUCGUCACAAAGUGUAGCACACAUAAAAGGUUUUUGAGCUGUAACCAUAAAGUGUUGAUUAAGGUUUCAAAUGAAAAGGCGGCUUUAAUAUGAAGGACAGUGCGAAUUCAUUGUUUGUUCAAAUAUAUGACACACUAAUUACUAAUAAAGUGCAAUUAACUCGUAA